AUCGUGACUCAUUAUUAUUUUCUCCUUCUAAAUAAUUUUAAGCUCAAAGACAAAAUUUUCAAGAAGAAAGAAGAAAAACAUAGGACGGCUCUCGAUAGAUUGAAUGGAGUAAUGCGAUUUAUCAACGCAUGGGCAUACGUUGCGGGGCUGCAAUUCACAGAUGAUUGGAAAAGAAAUGGCAGAAUUGCGUUCGCUGUUUUAGUGAACUUUAUAACGCUGUCUUGUGGUUUCUACAGCGUAUGGUAUUAUUUUCCGACAGAAAAUAGCUUCCUCGUGACGGGAAUGUUUGCCUUUAAUGCUGUGGUUUGGGUAAAAUUGAUUGUUGUUGUUCUCAACCACGAGAGAUUCAUGUCGGUAGUGCAAUUCAUUUACAAAGUGUUUAAAAGCAACACAUCAGGACCGCGGGACCGCAUCCUCAGUAGAGUAACAAAGAUAAUUAAUUAUCAUAUGGCAAUUAACCUUUCCAGUUUUUUGGCUGGAUAUGUUUUCUACUCAGCUUUUCCGUUGUACGAUUUCAUUUUCAACGGAAAAUCGACUUUAGUGUCUCCGUUGUUAGUGCCAUUGAUUGACUGGACCAAUCUUCGAGGCUACUUCAUUACAACCGGCUUCAAUGUAUUUGCUGUGAGCUAUUGCCUUACUGUUUGUAUUGCCGUUAGUUCAUUAUUCUUCGCGUUUGUUGAUGCAUACGAUGGCAUGGUUUCUCUAAUCGAUAAAGAUUUUGGGGCAUUCAGCGAAAUGUGCAAAAUAAAGCAAUGCGGUAUGGCGUACGAUGCGGUGUUUCAAAAUAUAAUAAUUCAGUUAAUGGACUUAGCAAGAUUUAGCCACUACAUGAAUGAUCUUUACAACAUCAUAGCAACUGCACAAGUUGCAAUGUCCUUUUUAGUGGUGGUGAUGGCACUAGCUGCAUAUUUAGCAACAACACGAAUGAGCGGGUUGUAGCUGUUAUUUGCAACGCAAAGUGGUACACUUACAAAGUAAAAUAUCAAAAGGACAUGAUGGUGGCUUUGUACAUAGCCCAAAAUAUGCACCCGAUCCGUCUUGCAAACGUGUACCCG